GAUCCAAAUCCAGUGUGGACUCUGACUUGUCGUUGAGUUCAUUUCUUACAGACUCAGAGACUAUUCUUCCUCCGUAUAACCACACUAAAAACGCCUCCUCUCUCUCUCUCUCUCUCUCUCCACUACUGGAAUCGGCCAUUAUUGGAAGAUCCUUCUUCCAUGGAGGACAUUUCCAGAGUCCUCAAGGUCCUUGAAGCUCUCAGACAAGCCUCUCGCGACAUCCAAGUCCACCUUACUCCUGAGUCUGCUAAUUCUAACUCACCCGCCAUUAAAGCUCUGUUAGAGCUCGAAACAGAGUCGGAUACUAUCCUCUCCAAAGACCCACAUCUUUCUUCUCUCUCCUAUCACCUUACCAGUCUUAAAAACCUCGUUGACACUCUUCACAAAUGCCGCAGUCACAGCCUCCGGUAUUUCUUGAUUCGCCGUCUCUCCACUCACUCCAUCUCCCGAGUCGCUGCGUCGAUUGAGUCUGAGAUUCAAGCUUGGAUCGAUCGUGAAAGCGUGGAGAAUUUGACGACUGCUUUGAAAGAGACUGUACGAAACGAGGAGGAGUUGGUGAAUUUGUUAACUCACUUUGAGAAACGUCUUUCGCAAGGGUUUAAUCGCGAGUUACAAGAUUUGGUUCUUAAAUCCAAAAUUCUUUUGUUACUUGAAAAAAUCAUCUGUGAUCCCAAUUACUCGAAGAGGCUUAGAGAAAAGUGCGCUUUUGUUGUGGCAGCUUUGAUUCGAUUCAACAAAGAUGUUUUCGUGGGUCAAGUUCAAAUGGGUCCUCUUAUUCAUGCUCUUGUAUCAAUGGCUUCCUGGAAAUUAAUGAAAGUAAUCUGUACACUUAUCAGGCUAAUUAAAUCACCCCUGGGAGAUGAGAUCGAGUCCAAUGGAGAAAUACCCAAACUCAUUAGUUUCUUGGACUACAAAGACCUGCAACUUCGAGUUCUAACAAUGGUGUGCAUUCUUGAAAUUGGGUAUUUUGCUCGCAAAGAGGUAGUAGAGGCUAUGCUCAAAGAAGGGUUGAUACAGAAGCUUGUGGAGUUGCAGAGAUCAGUGCUUGGUGGUGAUUUGAUUGACAUGGGGAUGUUUGAUGAGAAACAAACUAAUGAAAUUGAAACUGUUGAGGGGAAAAUAGAGAGGAGAGACAGCAGGCAAAAGAGUUUCUUAGAUAGCCAUCCAUUUGCAAGCUGUGUAGCAAGAUUUGCAGUGCAGCUAGAGGUUGGAGAAGGGUUGAGGCAGAGAGAAAAAAGAGCAUUCAAGCAAGAGAUAUUGAACAUAGUUAGGGAUGCUUCUGCUUCUGAUGCUGAAGCUGCUACCAUUAUAGCUGAGGUUUUGUGGGGCUCUUCACCUUGAAAUUGUAAUAAAAAUUUGGGGAUGGAAAAAAAGGGUGAUCUGAUAACACAUUUUCUCAGUGAUCUGAAGCUAAAAGAAAUUGUUUUGUUGUAAAUCCUGGAUGCAUGUGAAAUAAAUUGGAAAUUUGUUUGUAUUUUA